UUUUUUUUAACAGUUUCUAUUGUUUUUCCAGCAUUGACACACACCGAAUUCUUAUACCAACAAUAUGGGGACUGAUUUCUUUCGUCGGAGCUGUGGGGAACAUCAUUGUUAUUUUCACGAUGGGCAUACGCCGCAGAUCAGCCACCAACUGUUACAUUAUUAACGUGGCGCUGGCGGACUUGGCUUUCAUUCUGUUUGUGGUGCCCAUAACCACAGCAGCUUACGCGUCCAACAACUGGGAGUAUGGCACGGUUAUGUGCAAAGUCAACUUCUACAUUAUCUACGCUACGCUAUUAUCAACAUGUCUAACUCUGACGGCGAUGACCAUAGAUCGAUACUACGCUAUUGUCCAUCCAAUCCGGUCAUUGAGCAGACGAACUCCUAAGUCAACCUUGGUUAUAUGCAUAGCUAUCUGGCUGGCUUCCAUGAUCGUGAGCAGCCCUUAUCUGAUGGUUCAAGAAGUUCGGCACAUCCCGAAAGAGAAUUCUACUGUCUGUAUGGCACAGUGGCCGGAUGAAUGGGAGAAAGUCGUCAUUAUUGUCGUUGUUAUGGUAACUUACGUCAUCCCACUGUGUGUUAUCAUCAUCAGCUACACGCUCAUUCUGAAGUUCUUGUGGCGACAUCGCAUUGGCAUCCGACGGGAGUUCAAUCAUAAUUCACAAUCGUCCGAACCAGUCAUGGGCGGAGAGUCCACCAUCGCUGAACGCCGAAAGAAAGUCGCCAAAAUGGUUGCCGCUGUAGUCAUCCUAUUCGCAUUGAGCUGGCUGCCCAUCCACGUCUUCAACUUGUGCUUCAUCUUGAUGCCCAACUUCCCAAAGAGCCAGAUCAUCUGUGUCAAUCCCUUUGUCUACACAAUCAUGGGAGACAGCUUUCGCAAAGCGUUUAGAGAAUCUCUGCCGUGGUGCAGGAAUUCCCCAUCCAACAGCCUCAGGACGAGUUAUUCGAGAAGGACGGGUAGUACGACGGAGACACGUUUUAAUGGAGAAUGA